GCUCCAGCACAGAAGUCGCGAGCCAGAUAGUCAGGGGAUCCAAAAUCGAAUUCCACCUACGCCUACUGUCUCUCCCACCAAACAUUUCCGUCUACCCCUUUUAUCGUGCCAGCACCCGCCCUGGAAUCGCCCGUCGUCUUUGACCCCUCCAGCGACAUUUUUACAAAGAGCUACUUUCAGCAGCAUUUAUCCCAUAUGGCUUCUUCCUUCCGAGCAUUCCUGAACAGUCCAGUUGGUCCAAAAACAACUCACUUUUGGGGGCCCGUUGCCAAUUGGGGAUUUGUUCUUGCUGGAUUGGUGGACAUGAAGAAGCCCCCAGAAAUGAUUUCCGGCAACAUGACAACAGCAAUGUGCAUCUAUUCUGCAUUGUUCAUGAGGUUUGCAUGGAUGGUACAGCCACGAAACCAUCUACUGCUGGCAUGCCAUGUUUCAAACGAGACAGUACAGCUCUACCAACUUUCCCGUUGGGCUAGAGCUCAGGGGUAUUUGUCAGAGAAGAAAGAGGAAGCCUCAUCUCAGUAAAGUAGCUUCCCUUCCCAGCUGCCUUUCUUUCCUUUCCGUGCUUCAGUGAUUUUUGUUGUGAUCCCUUGAGAAUGUAAUAUGAACUUACCCGAUAAAGAAUUGCU